AUGUUCUACCGCCCGGGGUCGGCGCUGUAUGUCACGCGCUCCGUGCAACGUGCUCUGAAUCGAGGGUCCCAGAGGUCGACGUCCAGUGCGUUCCGAAGGAUUCGCACCAAGCAUGUAGUCUUAGAAUCGGUCGUGCGUCCGGCGCUCGUGGCGGGAGCUCCAAUGCUUGUCGAUUGCGCAGCGUAUAUGACGGAUAUCAAGUCCAUGUUCACUUGUUUCGAAGAGGAUGACGAUGGAACGUAA